GACGCCGAGCGACGCCGAGGGACGCGCGAACGCGGACGAACGCGGACAUGACGACCGACGCGCGCGGUGAACGCGCGGCGCUGCUCGGACGCGACGUCUCGUCGACGCCGCGCGCGAACGCGGACGCGGCGGUGUUGGACGUCGAGCGCGGCGACGACGGCGCGGGACGCCGCGACGGACGCGCGCGCGGCGGGCGACGGGUGGCGGUCGUCGUCGCGGCGGCGCUCGCGGCGACGGCGGUGACGAUCGGGGCGGUGCGAGGGACGGCGGGCGCGGGAGGGGCGGCGGCGCUCGGAUCGAAGCCGACGGCGUCGGCGAAGGCUCUGAGAAACGCGCGGAUCGCCGCGGCGGCGAAGGCGGCGGAGGAAGCGGAGGCGGAGAGACAAAGACUGCUGAAUGAGGCGCAUCCGGGACGGGAGCAGCGCAUGGAACACCGGGCGGCGCGACGCGCGGCGGUGGAGAAGGCGGCGAAGCGGAACGAAGUCGUCGACGUCGAACGCUCGGCGGUCGCGGAGGAAGAAGGCGGCGACGCGGACAACGCCACGCUCGUCGUCGACGGUACGUUCGUUGAUGCGGACAACGCCACGCUCGUCGUCGGUGAUGCGAUCGCGGAUAACUCCACGAUCGCCGCCGGCGAAGAGACGAGCGAAGUCGCGGCUUUGGGUGCGCAGCACCACGCGCGCCCGGCGCAUCACGUGAACUCUGCCAAGGCGCGGAACGAGAGAAUAGCAGCCGCGGCCAAGCGAGCGCAGGAAGCGCUCGCUGCCAAGGAAGCGGAACUCAACAAGGAGCAUCCGAAACGCGAGCAACGUGUGGCGCAUAGAAAGCAGCAACGCGCGAAAGCGGCGAUUUCAGCUGUUACCGAUGUGGGAGGAACGGCGGCGACGGGCAGUACCGAAUCCGCACUCCCGACGAACACUCCAAAGAUUUACAUCAUCUCCGACACCCAGCCGGGCGAAGAACUUGAAAACGCCAAGAGUGCGCAAGCGUACGUGGCCAACCUGUUCGAGACAUACGCUGGUAUGGACUCGAGUGAGGCCGCUAAGGUCGCUAGUAUCGAAGAAGAGACGUUUCCGGCGCGCUGGCCGGAUACGCUCGAGACAGCCAAGGUGGCGAUGAUGGGGAUGACUGAAGGCGACGACGUGCGCUUUCCCGUUAAGGACGUGCAAGCCACGCUGGCUGACAAAGAUCAACACUGCGUCGGGGAAGCGUGUAAGCUGGGUCUGCAGAAGCACCUCGGCUCCAUGUUAUCGCACAUGGCUGUCUGGAAAAAGGCGCUCGACUCUGGCGCCGACUCGUUUGUCGUUUGGGAGUCCACAGCCUUGGCGAAGCACGCCGUUAGCCCGCUCGAUUACGCCGAGCUCGAGAGUGAGCUUCCGGAAAACACCGACAUGGUGUUUCUCGAGCCUGAUUACCUGAGCCCGGGGCAGUUCGUGAAGAAGAUCAAGUCGAGCGCGACCGGCACGUGGGGAGAGCACACGCACGGCGCCGAGGAGUGCGUGAACCAAUCUUCGUCGGUGUACUUGUACAAGCACAACCAUAUGUGCGGCGGCGUCGGCACUAGCGCUCUGAUGUUCACGAAACGGGGCGCGCAGAGACUUCGAGAUUACGUCGCGACGAAUGGAGCCGGGAUGAUCAGCACCUGGUUAAAUUCCAAGUGCAUCGCAAAGCACGCCGACGGUUUGAAUUUCAACUGCUACAUCGCGCAAACGAAGAAGCUCGAUAAAUCAAUGCUCGGUGGUGUCGUCCCGACUUGGUAUGACGAUGAACGCGUCGUCAGCGAGUCCGUACCGCAACCCGACAUCGAUGAAAUGGACUUCAACCCCAAAAAGUUCAACCAGUUGGGUUGCGCGCGCGGCGGCCGCGCCUUUGCCGAAACCGCCGCCUGGUUGCCCAUCAGCGCUGACCACACCGUUGAUUCCGAGCGCGUCGUCAGCAACUGUAUGAUGGCGUCUAUAGCCACGAGUAUGGGUUACACCAUCGAUCCGUGCGCCGUGGACUUGCCCUUGCGCCAAUCCGAUUUAAACGCGCAGUCGGACGCCCUCCAGCGGCGCGCGCGGGCUGCGAAAGCCGACGGCGCCUCCGUCGCCAGCCUCUCCUUGGCGCUCAGCGACGACGCCAAGGCGUACUUAUUCGAAAGCGACAACGACGUUCCGUACGGUAACCUCGAAGACGUCGCUUCUUCCUUUUAA